AUGAUUGCUUCACCAAAAACGAUAUCAUCUUUGCGAACCGCCCUCGACUGCUUGCCAGAAAACACCUUGGCUAUGAUUACACCACCAUUGUCUCGGCCUCCUCCGGCCACCUCUGGUGCAACUUAAGGAGAAUAACCACCAUUGAAAUCCUGUCAACUAGUCGCAUUCAAAUGUUCUCCAGCAUACGUGGUCAUGAGGUUUACUCACUAAUUUGCCGGCUUUUUAGAGGCUCUGGUGACGGCGAAUACCACACGGUGGAGAUGAAAUUGGUCUUUUUUGAGAUGAUACUCAAAUUCCUAAUGAAGAUGAUUGCUGGAAAGCAAUACUAUGGUGAUAAUGCGGCAGAAUUGGAGGAAACAAGAAAGUUCAAGGAGAUUGUAAUAAGAGUUUUCGAUUGA